GUGGCUCAGAACGAGGUGUCCCCUCCUCGAAACACCCUGCCUGGAGCGGUCUUGCCAGAAACCGAGGAACAUAAGGCUCCCAGCUUUGAAGGGCCGCUCCCGCAGGGGCCCCGCCCGCGCGCUGCCUGGCGGAACCUUUCCGUGUCGCGCUCCAGUGUCCAGCCCCGGCGCGCUCCCGCAGCUGCGCCAGCUGUUAGAGCUACUUCCGGCGGCCCUGCCCCCACCCCCGGGAGUCUCCAUUUUGGCCGCCAGUGGAGACGCAGCCAGGACUAGCGGAGUGGCGGACCGGAGUCAUCAGUACUCCGAGGGCCGAGUCGGCUCACCGCACUUCCUUACUUCCUCUGCCCGCAGAAGCCCGGGACGCGCAUGGCGGGCCUGGAGGUACUGUUCUCGUCGGCGGCGCCGGCGAUCACCUGCGUGCAGGACGCGCUCGUCUGCUUCCUUCACUGGGAGGUGGUGACGCACGGCUACUACGCCCUGGGUGCCGGCGACCAGCCAGGUCCCAGUGAUAGGAAAUCAGAGCUGCUGCCUGCAGAAUGGAGCAACAAUAAAGACCUGUAUGUCCUCCGGUAUGAAUCUAAGGAUGGGUCCAGAAAGCUCCUUGUGAAGGCUGUCACCGUGGAAAACAGCAUGAUCGUCAAUGUGCUGGAAUGUGGCUCACAGCAAGUGUCAGACUUGACCCUGAACUUGGAUGACUAUAUCGAUUCAGAACACCUGGGUGACUUCCACAGGACCUACAAGAACAGUGAGGAACUGCGGUCUCGUAUUGUGUCUGGAAUCAUCACACCUAUCCAUGAGCACUGGGACAAGGCUAGUGUAAACAGUCCCCACCGGGAGUUUCCCCCUGCCACUGCCAGAGAGGUGGACCCACUCCGGAUUCACCCACCGCACCCACACACCAGCCGGCAGCCUCCCUGUCCUUCUUGCCUCAGGUGUCGGAGAGGUGGCAUGAUUGUGGACCCCCUGAGAUCCGGCUUCCCAAGAGUACCUAUUGACCCAUCCUCAGGCCUCCCAACCCGCCUUCCUCCAGGCGCUGUGCCCCCAGGAGCGCGCUUUGACCCCUUUGGACCCACUGGGAUCAGCCCAUCUGGACCUAACCCAGACCACCUUCCCCCGCCGGGCUUCGAUGACAUGUACCUGUGAAGGCCUCAAGAAUGUAACGUCCCAUCCUUUCCUCCACUCUCCUGGAGCUGCCACCGCUGGCCCCACCAGCAGCCGUGUUUUUGCAGGCUGGGGGCAAGGGACUCUGCCCAUGUGUUUGCAGGCCGGCUGGGAUUGCCUCCCCACCCCCUGUCAGAGCCAAGGCGCCUACUGCAGCUCUCCACCUGGCUGCAUACAGGUCCCAAAGAGAAAUCAGUAUGUCUGUCUCACCACCAGCUCCUCCCCACUUCCCAAGGGAGACUCCGGCAACAUAUACCCUCGACCCGAGGCAGUGCUAUAAGAACAGAACGCAUUUUGGAUGAUAUUAUUGAGAACCAAAUGUCAAUACAAAAAAUCAUGUUGCCGUGUCCCACUUUUCUUUACUGCACCGUUCCUUCUAAUUAUCAGACUUUAGAGAUUGAAUCUUUGUGAAGCUAAAUAACUCUUUUCCCACCCAGGUCCCAUUCUUGCUUCUCAGGCACCUUCCCUUCAUAAAUUGCUAUUGCGCUUGACAUCACUAAGAUGGGCCCAGCCUGGCUCCAUGGAAGAAAAUGAGUGACUGAAAAACCCACAGGCCACCAGGAUGACCCUCAUCUGAGCCAGUCCUCUGGGUCUGCCUGUCUGAGCAAUGGCAGCCUAGAAACAGAACAGACCUGAAAGCUAAUCGCAUUUUUACCACUAACUUACUAAGUGACCCUGAGUCCCUUCCCCUCCCAGGGCCUUCGUGCCCACCUGUGAAACCUGAGGUGCCCUUCCUACUCUGAAACAUUCUGAUGCCGGCCUCUGUGUGUGGCGACCGCUGGGAACUGGGCAAAAGGAAACAAUUGGAGGUCUCGGGUGUGUGUGGUCCUUACGGCAUCUGUAACUCUGUGCCUCUCAUCUCCCUUGGGGCCCAGACAAGCGCAGAAGCGUGGGCUCCAUCUGAGCGUGGGGUUCAACUUGGAGGUGAGCAGGGAGGCCAGCCUCCGGAAGCCAGUGGCUGGAUGGGAGGAGCCAGUUAACAAGAAACCGCCCAGGAAGGCAUCACUCCCAAGGAGCCCCGCCUCCGGAAGCCUGUGCCCUCCGUCCAGGCCCACCUGACCUCCGGUGUUCUCCCAAUCCUUUUCAGCCCGAGGCCUGACAGACGUGGUCAGUGAGGAGCCCCUGUGCUGGAGUCGAGAGAGCACCAUAGAGCGCCAGGCCCAGAGGCAAGAGAUAACGCGCUAGUCACGUUGGCUUCACAACUAGCCUUUCAGCCACGGGUGGGCCUCACUUCUCAGCUGCUUGGGUUCCUUCCCUUAAAUUAGGACCUGUUGAUUACUUAUCUGUGGACGGGGGACUACCAGAGCCUUCCUGAGGUGUGUGCUAGUGUGCUAGGACUGCCUGUUGGCUGUGCCUGAGAGUGAGUUACGGUAAACUGAACUGGCACACAGGCCCAGAAUCAACCGGAGGCUAGCAUGAGCGGGCCCCCUGGGCAUUUCUGGCAGACCCCAUCUCAAGCACUGAUCUAGUAAAAGACCACCUUGAAUCCUUUAGAACACCUCUGCUCUGGGUCGGGCAGAGCUACUAAUGAAAUCAUCAGUCAUAGUUUUCUUCCUUAAGAGUCGGCAAAUGGGUGGAAUGUUUUUGUUUUGAAAUUGGAUCAUAUCCACUAUCAAAAGGACUUGGAGCAAUUUGCUCAUAAAAGCAUCCUUUAUUAUAAAAGGAAACAUUUAAAGAAACAUCAGACCUGAGACCAUCUGCUUUCAGAUAAGCAGGGAAGGUAGGUAACUUUUAGGACCCUGAUUCAAAGAAAAGACAAGACUGAAACAGCAAGUUUGCCUCUUAGAUCUUCUAGUAGCAAAGGUCGAAAGGAUAGCCAUAUACAUACUCUGUUUUCUGAAAACAGAAGCUUUAAUGAUUCAUCUGCAGAAUCAGCCAUUUUGUGUGUGCGUGUCUCCUUGCAUCAAGGACAUUGAGGGACACAAACAGUAUCUUAGUUGUCACGUGGGGGCCUUUAGGAACUUCCAGGUCAAGCUGUCCGUGCUUGUAGUUGGGGCCACUUCCCUCCUUCCACCGGGAGUGAUCACCAAGCGGCAAGUGGGAAUGGAUCAGGUGUAUAUUCUGUGGAACCUGAAAGUUUGGAGCCUUAACAAUAAAUACCAGCACUUAAUAAUA